AUGGCCAUCCCAAAGAACGCCCACGUCUCGACACACCCUUGUCUCCAGGCGAAGCUGUCACAGCUCCGAUCCGCGAGCACAGGGUCCAAGGAUGCGCAGAUGCUGGUGCACGAACUCGCCCUCAUGGUCGGCUACGAGGCCUUGGGUGCAGCACUCAAGACACAGCAGAACGGCACGGACAAGUCCCCCCUCGGCUACGAGUACGACACGGCCACGACCUCCCCCUCCCCCUCGUCCAUCUCGCUCGUCCCCAUCCUCCGCUCCGGCCUCUCCAUGGUCCCGGCCCUCUCCUCGCUACUGCCCACGCCCGUCCCCAUCCACCAUCUAGGCCUAUACCGCGAAAAGUCGACCCUACAACCCGUAGAGUACUACAACAACCUGCCCUACCAUACGCCACACACAUCCGGCGCUAGCAAGCCGCAACCCGAGCUGGCCAUCAUCGUCGACCCCAUCAUCGCCACGGGUGCGACGGCCUGCGCAGCCAUUGACACGCUCAAGGACUGGGGCGUCAAGCGCAUCAUCGUGUGCAGCAUCCUCGCCACCGAGGAGGGGCUGCAAAAGGCGUGUAGUGAGUGGGAGGAAGGCGUCGAGGUGUGGGUUGGUGGCUGUGACAAGGACGUGGAUGACAAGGGUAUGAUCAAGCCCGGUCUUGGUGACAUUGGAGACAGGCUCUUCUUGACGCUUGGGAAAUGA